AUGGGGAACUCGACAUCCACGGCAACGAGCUUGGGGCCCGAGGCAUCCUCUCCGUCCGUCAACUUUGCCUCCCAGUGCAGGGAGUACCUGGAUGCUCGACUGUCAGAUACGAUCAAGGAGAAAUGGGCUCAGGGGGAGAGGGGCACCCCAAUGAAGCUGAACAAGCUGUUGCUCAAACUACCUUCUCUGCACGACGGCCUCAGCCGGGCGGCCAAGGUGUUCCGCUCCCUUGACGUCCCGCCCACGGGCGAGAUCUCCCUGGACCAGCUGCGGGCGGGUGCCAGGAAGCUGGGUUAUGCAGUGGAUGACGACGUGCUGGAGUCGGCCUUCGUGUCGGCCGACCUGGACCGCUCCUCCACCAUUAACGUGGACGAAUUUGUGGUGAUCCUGGCCAUCCUGCACCUGCUCAAAGGGCCCCGGGACGAGGAGGACGUGGAUGCCGCCACGCUCAAGGCCUUUGAGCUGGCCACCCAGGCCUUCCUGUCCUUUGACAGCAGCCGCCACGGCUUCAUCAGCCGGGAUGAGCUCGAGUCCGCCCUGCUGGAGCCGCACCUGGAGAACAUGCCGCACAGCCCGCAUGCCUCUGCUACCAACACCAUCGUUCCGCUGGUACAGCAGCGCUUCCUGGAGCUGGACCGGGACGGCAAUGGCCGCAUCACCUUCCCCGACUUCCUGGCCUGCAUCACGCAUUGGGUGGACGAGGCGGGCGAGGAGGAGGCUCCACAGGAGCGAGAGGCGCCGUCGGGCCCUCAGGAUAUCCCUCCACCCAGCUAUAAUCAGCUCUACACCGAUGUGUUCACCUCGGCCCCGACCUCGAUCAACACGAAACGCACCCUUCCAAAGCCCUCCAACGAAGCCCAGGGCCUCGAGCAGGGCAGCAGGCAGGUGCUGCUGAGCGACGUGUGGGCGCUGCCCAGGACCCGGUGGUUCAGCCAGCGCCAGUGGACGUCCAAGGACCGAACCUACGCCGUCUUCAUGAUCGCAAUGCACGGCCUGGCCUGCCUGGCCCCCGCCACCUUCACCCCGCAGCUCGCCGGCGGCGCUUUCCUCAUGUACCUCGUGUCUGGCCUGCUGGGCAUCACCACCUCCUACCACCGCCAGCUGAGCCACCGCUCCUUCAGGACCCCCAAGUGGCUGGAGCACGCCCUGGCCUACUGCGGCGUCCUGGCCAUCCAGGGGGACCCCCUGGAGUGGGUGUCCUGCCAUCGGCACCACCACCUGCACUGCGACACCCCCCUGGACCCCCAUUCCCCCUAUGAGGGCUUCUGGUGGAGCCACAUGGGCUGGUUGCUGGAUGAUGGGGCCACGCAGCGCAGGAUCGCGGACCGAUCCAAUGUUGCAGACAUGGCAGACGACCCUUUCUACCAGCACCUCGCCAAGCACUUUGGCCUGCAUGCAACGGCGCAGCUGGCAGCCCUCUUUGCUCUCGGCGGCCUGCCAGCCCUGGUGUGGGUGGGGGCCGUGCGUCUCGUGGUGGUCUACCACAUCACCUGGUUCGUGAACUCCGCGGCGCAUGUGUGGGGCUCGCAGUCGUACAGGACUGGGGACCUGUCAAGGAAUAACUGGUGGGUGGGGCUGCUGGCGUUUGGAGAAGGCUGGCACAACAAUCACCACGCCUUCGAGUUCAGUGCACGCCACGGGCUGGAGUGGUGGCAGAUCGAUGCUACCUGGCUCGUCAUCCGUGGCCUGCAGAGCAUCGGCCUGGCCACGAACGUGAAGCUGCCCAGCGAGGCGCAGAAGGCAAAGCUUGCCCUCUAG